UUCAUAAAAGAAUACUACAUCUAAUAUGCAACAAUUCAAAAAAAUAGUUAAGAAAUUGCAAAACUCUCGUUAUUUAAAUGCUUUAAUUAAAGACACUGGAUGUAUAAGUAAUACCGAACUGUUAGAAAACGGUGUAAAAUGUAGUGAACAAAUUUUGCACCAUUGGCGCAAUACACAUUCAUUAGAUAAGGAAGUUGCAGCUAAUUUUAUAAAUACCAAUGAUAAUGAUUUCAUGACUAGUUCUCUGAAUAGAUUAAAUUUUGUUUACUCAAACCAGUUUCACGAAAAAAUCAAAUACUUUUAUAGUAAUUCAGAUACCAAGCAAUAUCCGGCUAUUUUGAAAACUAUACAAACUGCUACAGUAGAUAAAUCAAGUGCUGCUCAUGAGCCCCACAGUAAUUUGGUAUGUUCUGGCGCUCGCCAGCACACGUUUUUGAUAACGGAUUUAUUAGUUCAUCAUGCUAAAGGAUUUAGUAAAUUUUUCAAUUCGCAACGUGAAUGUAAAAUAUGGUGGAUGCGAGUUAGUUCGGAUCCUAGUAAAUACUUCUUAGAACCAUAUCAUUUUGAGGACAUACCGAAUACCACGCUACCUACAGGCACACAAUCCGUAACAAUUAAAACAAAAUUACCAUAUUUCACGUUCGAUGUCGAAAGUAUUACCCUUGUACCCUUGGCUGGAGCUGGCUUGAAUCAGACUGCGUUUCAGCUUUUGUCCAAUAAUAAAGGUGACCAAAAUAUGCCGGCUGUUAUACGUUCAGUUAUUGAUUUGAACGCUGCAACAGGUGCUAUUCUCUUUGAUAGUGCUGAUAAUGAUCGUGAUAAUUCUCUGUUACUCGAUAGAAAGCUGGCUCCAGUUCAAUGUGCCGUAGCCUGCUACCAUGAAGGCAAAAAUAUAGACGAUCUAGAGGACUUAUGUUUGCAUCUACACUUUGUUCUCGAGCGCUCCGGGCUACGGAUGUUAAGUGAAAAUACAGUUUUCACAGAUUCCUUUCAAGAAUUGGAUGUUGGCCUUCAAAAAUCCGAUUGCCUUGGCAUACCAUAUACGCUAAUAAUUAACGAAAGUACUCUUAAGACUGGCUUGCUACAACUUCGUAGUCGCGAUACAACGCUGGAGGAGUCCAUACACAUUAGUGAUAUACCAGCAUAUUUAUUACAUAUAUUUUCCAGUUGAAACUUCCCGCAUAAAAUGAUGAGAGAAAUA